AUGGGCAGUCUUCAACAGAUGGGUAGAGGCAAGAAGAUACUUGUCCUAGCUAUUUUCUGUCUGUCAGCAUCAGCGAUGUACUCCUUCAUAUUCCACCAUAGCACAACAGAGGAAGACACAGAUCAAUUAGUUCCUCAGCAAAUAAGAGCCUUACCAUCCACCAGUCCCAGACAACCCAAUUGCACCUGUCAGGGAAGCGGAGUGUUUAUACUGAAAGAUCAUCUUCCAAAAGACCAGUAUGAUGACAUAGUCAAACGAAGAGCUGAGGAGUACAGGAAGCAUCAUAUCAGGACAAGCUCCAGUCUGAACAGGCUUAUAUUUGCUCCAUCCAACUCCCCUCUUCAGUAUCCAAUCCAGGGGUUCACUGUUGUCCCUCUUCGGAAGACAUUGAUACCAGGUUUAGCUCUCCAUGCAGCAAAAAGACAAAAUUACAAGGUGACUCUGAGUGUGUCCAGUGGUGUCCUGGCCAUCGAGGCCCUUGGAGAGGGGGACAAAGAGGGACAGGGAGAGAAAGAGAUCACUGUCCAGUCUACCAGCCUCUCUGACCUCAACAAUCUUCUGGGACAAAUUACCUACACCAGCACUGUGUACCGAAUGAGAACUGGAGAUCUGGCUCACUUCACGUUUGAACACCAUGAGGCUGUCUUCCCCAUUGUCAUCCAGCAGACAUCAGUGCCUGUUUUAUAUGACAUAGGAAAUGAUAUCAACUCCCGGGUGACCAUUGUCACCAAGACGUUUCUGAGAUACACCGAGCUGCAGGUCCUCAUCAGUAGCAUAAGGACCUAUUACAAGGACAUCAAAAUCAUCAUCGCCGACGACAGCCUGGAGCCACAGAAAGUGAACGGCUCCAACAUUGAGCAGUACAUCAUGCCCCCAGCACAGGGCUGGUUUGCUGGCAGGAACCUGGCUGUCUCUCAGGUCACUACCAAAUACUUCUUUUGGGUCGAUGACGACUUCCUGUUCACAGACCAAACCAAGAUUGAGAAUCUGGUGGAGGUGAUGGAGGCCACACCAGAACUAGAUGUGGUGGGCGGCUCAGUGGCGGGCCAUGGCCAGUUCUACUUCUCUUUGGUGUACGAGGAGGGUAAUGGGGAGGACGGGGGUUGUCUGAACAGAAAGAGUGCAGUGAAAUACCAACCUGUUCCAGGCUUCCCCACCUGCUCCUUCACCAGCGGGGUGGUCAACUUAUUCCUUGGUCGCACAGAUGCUGUGCGCAAAGUGGGCUUUGACCCCCUGCUGAAGAGAGUGGCGCACUCAGAGUUCUUCAUGGAUGGGUUGGGCAGUUUGCUGGUUGCCAGCUGUAGUCAUGUCAGCAUCGACCACCAACCCAGAAUUGAAAACGCAAAGUACUCUUCGUUCCGAAAUCAAAAAUCAAAAGACGCAGAGGACAAACUAGCCCACCACUUCUUCAAGAACCACCUGAAAUGUGUCCGUUAUGGAUAGUCUGGACCACAAUGACAAAACCAUUGAUGCCAUUCUUUGUGAUGCACCUGAUUGUUUUAAUGGUGUGAUUGAUAUGAGUGAAAGCCAUAUGGGUUACAUUUUCCAACCGGAUGAUUCAACAGUGAAGAUUUUCACACACAACUGCCUCAACACUCCUUUUUUAGCCAAAAACCUGGAGUUUUUCUCCUUCAUUUCGCAUGAGAGAAUGGCUUAAGAUAAGACUUUUGCUCUAUGUCAGAUCGAACAGGCCCAGGAAUUAAAUAGCUCUUCCUCUGGACCUCUGUCUCUACCCCCCAAAGGUGUGUGUGUGUGUGUGUGUGUGUGUGUGUGUGUGUGUGUGUGUGUGUGUGUGUGUGUGUGUGUGUGUGUGUGUGUGUGUCUUGGUUGCAUUGGGAGGUGUCAGGUUACACGCUAUGGGUUUACAAGCAGAGGAAAAUACUCAAGGACUUCUUUCUAAAAAUAAAUACAUUUAAAAACAUUCUUUACAACAAAAAUUAUAAUUACACAUUACCAUUCAAAGUUGAGGUCACAUAGAAAUGUCCUUGUUUUUUAAAGAAAAGCCUUUUUUUUGUCCAUUAAAAUAACAUCAAAUUGAUCAGAAAUACAUUGUUAAUGUUGUAAAUAACUAUUGUAGCUGGAAACGGCAGAUUUCUAUGGAAUAUCUACAUUGAUAUACAGAGGCCCAUUAUCAGCAACCAUCACUCCUGUGUUCCAAUUGCACGUUGUGUUAGCUAAUCCAAGUUUAACAUUUUAAAAGACUAAUUGAUCAUUAGAAAACCAUUUUGCAAUAAUGUUAGCACAGCUGAAAAUAUUUUUCUUUGCAACUCUGCCUAGAAGGCCAGCAUCCUGGAGUCGCCUCUUCACUGUUGACGUUAAGACGGGUGUCCUCUUGCUCAGUUGUGCACCGGGGCCCCCCACUCCUCUUUCUAUUCUGGUUAGAGCCAGUUUGCGCUGUUCUGUAGUACACAGUGUUGUAUGAGAUCUUCAGUUUCUUGGCAAUUUCUCGCAUGGAAUUUGCCUUCAUUUCUCAGAACAAGAAUAGGCUGACAAGUUUCAGAAGAAAGUCCUUUGUCUCUGGCCAUUUUGAGCCUGUAAACAAACCCACAAAUGCUGAUGCUCCAGAUACUAAACUAGUCUAAAGAAGGCCAGUGUUAUUGCUUCUUUAAUCAGAACAACAGUUUCCAGCUGUGUUAACAUAA